AUGGCCGUGUCGUCUCUGCCGGCCGCAGCGGCGCUUACGGCGUUUCGGAACCGGUCGCCAGGCGAGAGGGAGCUGUCCCCCGAGCUCAAGGCAAUUCUGGAGGUCACUGCCGUCACAGGCACCGUCUGGCAUGACUGGGAGUCCGUGAGAGAGCUGCUGGGGUUCACAAUCUCUCAGGUGCUGGAGGAGUACGAGACAGAGCGCGUGGCAGGGGUGGGUCCGCCUCGCCCGCUGCCGUCAGGGGAGACGUUUGCGGAGCUGAGUGAACGCAUUCUCUCCUACCUUGAGGCAUUCACAGACGGGCCACCUUUCACCAUUCAGCGCAUCUGUGAGGUGCUUCUCAAUCCCCGAGCCACCUACACCAAUCUCAACCGUGUUGCCUUUGCUCUUGAGAAGCUUCCGAACCAGGGAGGCAGGGCGAGGCAAGAGGGGGGAGCAGCAGGACAGGCGGGGGGGGGUGGCGAGGGGGGUGGAGGGAAGGGGGAUGAGGAGGAGGGAGGGGAGGGGGGAAAUGCAGCAAUGGAGACGGACGAGAGGGGGGCUGGCAGGCCAGGUUCCCCGGACAUCGCCCCACACUCGCCUGAAUUUGCGGGGUUCUUUCGAGAGGUGGUGGUGGAAGAAGCUGCGAUGGAACUGGGUGGGGCUGGUGGGGGCAGUGGGGGUGGUGGGGCGGGUGUUGUGACGGUGGAGGGUGGGGCUAGGAGCAGGGGAGGAGCCCGGGAUGAGGGGGUGGGUAGUGGCACUGCUGGUGGUAGUGGUGGGAGCAGCGGUGGGAGUGGCGGUGGCGAGGGAAGUGGUGGGGGCGAUGCGGGCAGCAGGGGGAGAGGAGCGAGUGUUGGUAGGGAGGGUGGGGUGGAAGUGGGGAUGAUGGAUGAGGGAAAGGAGGAUGGGGAGAAGGAGGAGAGGGGUGGGUCUGGAAGGGGUGCUGGGGAGAAGGGCGAAGGUGGGAAUGAGAGAGUGAGGGAGGGAGGGGAGGAGGAGAUGGAGGAGGAGGAGGAGGCGAGCAAGUGGUUGGUGGAUAACCCCCCUCCUGUUGCCUUUGGACCCGUGUCACCCACGAGGGAGGAAAGCAGGGAGGGGAGGAGGGAGGAGGGGAGGGAGGAAGAGAAGGGGGAGGAGGAGAUGAAGGGGGAAGGAGGGGGUGACAUGAAGGUGGAAAGGGGGGGUGAUAUUCGAGUGGAGUGUGAGGAGAAGGCAGUAGAGGGGGAGGAGGAUGGGGAUGGUGGGAGUGGGGAGGGAGAGGACUUGGCGGGACAAGGGCAGGGGAAGGAGGGAGGGGAGGGUGAGCAGAUGAGUGUAGAUGGAUGA